AUGAAGUCGUUCACGUCGUCUCUCGGGCUCCUGGCCGCCUUCAUCACGGCCACCCAGGCCGGCCUCCGCUUCCCAUGCUCGACCUUGACCAACCAGCGGCUCGACCCGGCGGCCCAGCCCGGCGCUCUCCCGUCUGCCCAUCUCCACAUGAUUGUGGGAGGCAAUGCGUUCAACGCCACCAUGGAGGGCGAUGUCGCGUCGCGCGCCACCUGCACCACCUGCCAGAUGGCCGAGGACUUUUCCAACUACUGGGUUGCCCACAUGUACUUCAAGGACCCCAAGAAUGGCACCUACCACCGCGUCAUGCCGCAGCCCGUCCAGCCUCUUCUGGGGGGGUCCAACGGCGCCCAGGGCGGCCUGACCAUCUACUACACCCAGUUUGAUCUGUCAAGGGACAACCUCAAGCAGCAGCCCAUCAAGGCGUUCCCGCCGGGCUUCCGCAUGACGGUCGGCAGCCCCACCGUGACGAGCAAGCAGCACGCCGGCCUGAGCUACCAGUGCAUCACCGGCGGCAACCGCGGCUCCCUGCUGUCCACUUUCCCCACCGGAAAGUGCAACGGCGGUAUCUUUACCACGCACCACUUCCCUCCGUGCUGGGACGGCAAGAACCUCGACAGCCCGGACCACCAGUCGCACAUGUUUGACACAGUCAAGUCCGAGUACUUUGACAACGCGCCGGCGUGCCCGUCGUCGCACCCGGUGCGGGUGCCGCAGGUGACGUUCGAGAUCACGUGGGAGACGACCAAGUUCGCGGACCUGUGGAACCCGUCGACCGACGCCAACCCGUUCGUGUGGUCGUUUGAGGGCACCGCCGCCGGCACCCACGCCGACUACAUGUUCGGCUGGAAGGGCGACGCGCUGCAGCGCGCCAUGGACAAGUCCGAGUGCUUCUACGACGGCUGCGGCUCCAUCAAGAAGCAGCAGAUGACCGAGGCCAACAAGUGCACCGUCAAGGACUUUGUCAAGGAGAACAUUGACGGCUGGCAAAAGUUCCUCCCCGGCAUGGGCGGCGCCAACGCCAACGCCAACAUGAAGGUCAAGAAGUCGUUCACCGCAUAG